CCCCGAGCUGUCAUCGUUUCACCGGGAGAGGCGAAGGGCAUCCGGGAUACCGGCCGAGAGGGGACCCGUUGACACGCUUUUCUCGAGUGGACAGAUACACCAGUGGACGGUGGGCGUUCCCUUCAUCCCUCUCUGUCCUGGGUCUGACCUCCGUGGACUUUUACUUCCUGUUUUCGUUCUGAGGUUGAGGACGUCCGUCCCGUCGGGACUGACCACCACCACCGUGUGUGUGUGAUAACUGUAAGGACUGCUUAUGCAUCGUUUAAGGACUUGUGCGGCGCGGUUGCGUCCGCUCACCGCCUCGCAGGCGGCUCAGACUGUCGGCCAGCAGCGGCCAAUCACAGUCGCCUCCACAGGCGGCACAAGGACGUUUCAGCCAAUCAGGUGCUACUCGGCACCGGUGGCCUCGGAGCCGUUCCUGAACGGGACGAGCUCCAACUACGUGGAGGAGAUGUACUAUGCCUGGCUGGAGAACCCCAAGAGUGUUCACAAGUCGUGGGAUGUGUUUUUCCGGAACGCCAACGCUGGUGCUCCUCCCGGCGCCGCCUACCAGUCUCCUCUAGGUCUGUCUGCGGCGUCGGGCCUCGUCGCUCCUCAGCUCUCCUCUCUGGUUGGAGCUCAGCCCAACGUGGAGAAGCUGGUGGAGGAUCACCUGGCCGUCCAGUCCCUCAUCAGGGCCUACCAGAUCCGAGGGCACCAUGUGGCCCAGUUGGACCCCCUCGGCAUCAUGGACGCCGAUCUGGACUCGUGUGUCCCCACUGACAUUAUCACCUCCUCCGACAAGCUGGACGUGGCGGUUUUCAAGGAGAGGCUGAGAAUCCUCACGGUAGGAGGCUUCUACGGUCUGGAUGACUCUGACCUGGACAAGGUGUUCCGCCUGCCCACUACCACCUUCAUCGGAGGUUCAGAGAGCGCCCUCCCCCUGAAGGAGAUCAUCCGCCGCCUGGAGAUGGCGUACUGUCAACACAUCGGGGUGGAGUUCAUGUUCAUCAACGACCUGGAGCAGUGUCAGUGGAUCAGACAGAAGUUUGAGACUCCAGGAGUGAUGCAGUUCACUCUGGAGGAGAAGAGGACGCUGCUGGCCCGCAUGAUCCGCUCCACCAGGUUCGAGGAGUUCCUCCAGAAGAAGUGGUCUGCAGAGAAGCGUUUUGGUCUGGAGGGAUGUGAGUCUCUGAUCCCAGCUCUGAAAACCAUCAUUGAUAAAUCCUCUGAGAACGGAGUGGAGAACGUCAUCAUGGGCAUGCCUCACAGGGGUCGUCUGAACGUUCUGGCCAACGUGAUCCGUAAAGAGCUGGAGCAGAUCUUCUGUCAAUUUGACUCCAAACUGGAAGCUGCUGAUGAGGGCUCUGGAGAUGUGAAGUACCAUCUGGGGAUGUACCACCGUCGAAUCAACCGCGUGACGGACAGGAACAUCACCCUGUCUCUGGUGGCCAACCCCUCCCACCUGGAGGCUGUGGACCCCGUGGUGCAGGGGAAGACCAAGGCCGAGCAGUUCUACUGUGGAGACAACGACGGGAACAGGGUGAUGUCCAUCCUGCUCCAUGGAGACGCAGCGUUUGCAGGUCAGGGUAUCGUCUACGAAACUUUCCACCUGUCUGACCUGCCGUCCUACACCACGCACGGCACCGUGCACGUCGUCGUCAACAACCAGAUCGGUUUCACCACAGAUCCUCGUAUGGCUCGAUCGUCUCCGUAUCCCACCGACGUGGCUCGAGUCGUCAACGCUCCCAUCUUCCACGUCAACGCCGACGACCCCGAGGCCGUCAUCUACGUCUGCAAGGUGGCGGCCGAGUGGAGAGCCACGUUCCACAAGGACGUGGUGGUCGACCUGGUGUGUUACCGUCGGAUGGGUCACAACGAGAUGGACGAGCCGAUGUUCACUCAGCCGCUGAUGUACAAACAGAUCAAGAAGCAGAAACCUGUUCUGCAGAAAUACGCUGAGAAACUGAUCGCAGAGGGAGCAGUGAGCCGGCAGGAGUACGAGGAGGAAAUCUCCAAGUACGAUAAGAUCUGCGAGGAGGCGUACGCUCGCUCCAAAGACGAGAAGAUCCUCCACAUCAAGCACUGGCUGGACUCCCCAUGGCCCGGUUUCUUCACCCUGGACGGUCAGCCCAAGUCUAUGAGCUGCCCCUCCACCGGUCUGACCGAGGAGAACCUGAACCACAUCGGACAGAUGGCCUCAUCCGUCCCUGUGGAGGACUUCACCAUCCACGGAGGUCUGAGUCGGAUCCUGAAGGGCCGAGCUGAGAUGGUGCGGAACCGGACGGUGGACUGGGCUCUGGGGGAGUACAUGGCCUUCGGGUCGCUGCUGAAGGAGGGAAUCCACGUGCGACUGUCGGGACAGGACGUGGAGCGAGGGACAUUCAGCCACCGUCAUCACGUCCUCCAUGACCAGAACGUGGACAAGAGGAUCUGUAUUCCCAUGAACCACCUCUCUCCCGACCAGGCGCCGUACACCGUCUGCAACAGCUCGCUGUCCGAGUACGGAGUCCUGGGUUUCGAGUUGGGUUUUGCGAUGGCGAGUCCCAACGCUCUGAUCCUGUGGGAGGCUCAGUUCGGAGACUUCCACAACACGGCUCAGUGCAUCAUCGACCAGUUCAUCUGCCCCGGUCAGGCCAAGUGGGUCCGACAGAACGGCAUCGUGCUGUCUGCUGACUCUGUCACUUUUGGGCAUGGUCCAGAACAUUCUUCAGCUCGUCCAGAGAGAUUCCUCCAGAUGUGCAACGACGACCCAGAUGUCAUGCCUAACAUCACAGAGGACUUCGCCGUGCGUCAGCUCUACGACUGUAACUGGAUCGUGGUGAACUGCUCUUCUCCUGGAAACUACUUCCAUGUUCUCAGACGACAGAUCCUCCUGCCCUUCAGGAAGCCUCUCAUCGUCUUCACUCCCAAAUCUCUGCUGCGCCACCCGGAGGCCAGAGCCAGCUUCGACGAGAUGCUGCCUGGAACUCACUUCCAGAGGUUGAUCCCAGAGCGAGGCUUGGCGGCCGAGCGUCCAGAGGAGGUGAAGAGGUUGAUCUUCUGCACGGGGAAGGUUUACUACGAGCUGACCAAAGAGAGGAAGAACAGAGGGAUGGAGGGGAAUGUGGCCAUCGCACGUAUAGAGCAGGUAUCCCGGUUCCGGUUCGACAGGUUGAAGGCCGAGUCAGAGCUCUUCGCCAACGCCGACCUGGUGUGGUGUCAGGAGGAGCACAAGAACCAGGGUUACUAUGACUACGUGAAGCCUCGCAUCAGGACCACGAUUCAGAGAGCCAAACCAGUCUGGUACGCUGGCAGAGAGUCGGCCGCCGCCCCCGCCACAGGAAACAAGAACACUCACCUGAUGGAGCUGCGGCGUUUCCUGGACACCGCCUUCGGCCUGGACGCGUUCAAAGAUCAGCAGUAAAACCUGUGACCUGCAACACCUGGAAGAAACCCUCACCUGUCUCACCUCUGACCCCCCCACCCCCACCCCCUCC